UUUUGAGACUGUUUUACGAAAGGAGGAUUGAAGAAUUUGACAAAUAAUGUACGGGUUUGUCAACCACGCCUUGGAACUUCUGGUGUUGAGAAAUUACGGCCCAGAUGUGUGGGAAGACAUUAAGAGGGAGGCUCAGCUGGAUGUGGAGGGCCAGUUCCUGGUCAGGAUCAUUUAUGAAGAUGCCAAAACAUACGACCUUGUGGCCGCUGCAAGCAAAGUACUGAAGAUCGAUGCCGGAGAUAUCCUUCAGAUGUUUGGGAAGAUGUUCUUUGAGUUCUGUCAGGAAUCUGGCUACGACACCAUUCUCCGCGUGUUGGGCUCCAACGUUCGAGAAUUCUUACAAAACCUGGAUGCCCUCCAUGAUCACCUGGGCACCAUCUACCCUGGGAUGCGCGCGCCGUCCUUCCGCUGCACGGACGCGGAAAAGGGAAACAGCCUGAUCCUCCACUACUACUCCGAGAGGGAGGGGCUCCAGGACAUCGUCAUCGGCAUCAUCAAGACCGUCGCUCAGCAAAUCCACGGGACAGAGAUUGAGAUGAAGGUGAUCCAGCAGAAAGGCGACGAGUGUGAUCAUAUUAAGUUUCUGAUUGAAGAGAAAGACUCUGAGGAGGAGGCGUUUUAUGAGGAUCUGGACGGUGUGGAGGAGAACGGGACCCAGGAGACGCGCAUAAGCCCUUACACGUUCUGCAAAGCGUUUCCCUUCCACCUGAUGUUUGACAAGGAUCUGACCCUGACUCAGUGUGGGAACGCAAUCUUCAGAGUCCUGCCCCAGCUUCAGCCUGGAAUCUGCAACCUGUCAUCUGUCUUCAGUUUGGUGCGUCCACACAUUGACUUCAGUUUCCACGGCAUCCUGUCUCACAUCAACACGGUGUUUGUGCUACGCAGCAAGGAAGGCCUGUUGAACGUGGAGAUGUCGGAGAGCGAGGACGAGCUGACGGGUGCUGAGAUAAGCUGCCUCAGGCUGAAGGGUCAGAUGAUCUCUCUGCCCGAGACCGAAAACAUCCUCUUCCUCUGUUCUCCCAGUGUGAUGAAUCUGGACGACUUGACGAGACGGGGCCUCUACCUGAGUGACAUCCCGCUUCACGACGCCACGCGGGACCUGGUUCUCCUCGGGGAGCAGUUCAGAGAGGAGUACAAACUGACGCAGGAGCUGGAGAUCCUCACAGACCGUCUCCAGCACACGCUCCGUGCCCUGGAGGACGAGAAAAAGAAAACUGACAGGUUGCUGUACUCAGUUCUCCCGCCCUCCGUGGCCAACGAACUGCGGCACAAACGUCCCGUUCCGGCCAAGCGCUACGACAACGUGACCAUCCUCUUCAGCGGCAUCGUCGGUUUCAACGCCUUCUGCAGCAAACACGCCUCAGCCGAGGGAGCCAUAAAAAUCGUCAACCUCCUAAACGAUGUCUACACCAGGUUCGACAUCCUCACCGACUCCCGCAAAAACCCGUACGUCUACAAGGUGGAGACUGUUGGGGAUAAAUACAUGACAGUCAGCGGCCUUCCUGAGCCCUGCAUACACCACGCCCAGUCCAUCUGCCACCUGGCUCUGGACAUGAUGGAGAUCGCCGGGCAGGUAAAGGUGGAUGAGGAACCCGUCCAGAUCACCAUUGGUAUACACACCGGAGAAGUGGUAACAGGGGUCAUAGGUCAAAGGAUGCCCCGCUACUGCCUGUUUGGAAACACAGUCAACCUUACAAGUCGCACAGAGACCACGGGAGAGAAAGGGAAGAUAAACGUGUCCGAGUACACGUACAGGUGUUUGCAGUCUGCAGAGAACGCAGAUCCCCAGUUCCACCUGGAAUACAGAGGACCAGUUACCAUGAAGGGCAAAAAAGAACCCAUGAAAGUGUGGUUUCUGUCACGAAAGAGUGCACUGACCAGCGUACAGUAG